AUGGCGCGCAAUUCAAGGAUGCUCAGGGCAAACAAGGAAAAACGGAGGAAAACAAUGAAGAAAGAACGUCGGAUCGACGACACUGCCUGGGUGUGGAAAUGGGAUUAUCAGGAAAUGGUAGGACGAAAUACCCUUGCCUUGAUGAAAGAAAACUACAACAUCACAAGAAAGCACGAACAAAAACUGCGAAAAUGGCGAACCAGAUUCAGGGGCCGGGGAUCUGGCGCAAAGCCAUCUCGAGGAAUGGAGGGGAGGACGGGACUGGGAAAGGGGGAAACUGCGACCGGCAUUAGGAUGCAGGUACAACGACGGAAGGUGCAGGUCCACUCAAAACUGCUAGUUUCCAGGUACAACGUACAGCUCCACUGA